CACCUGCGCCAUAUAUGGACAAGCAGCAGAGGAAGGGCUGGCCUCACCUGUGCUCGUGCUCACUCGCUUUCAAACGAGCGGUCCCUUUAUUAGUAACCUCAUAAAACAUCAUGGCAUCUUGUCAGCUGUACGGUUGAACGCGUCAGUCCUGUGAGCUCGCCGUGCGCGCGUCCUUGGGUUGUUUUUUAUUGUCUUGUCUUGGGGUCAGUCGGAGUGAUAUCAGCAUGAGAGCAGUGUCCUUAAGGCGGCCGAUCCUCAUACUGGGGGGGAUGGGGCUCGUCCUGUUCGUGAGCAUGUUUCUAAGGAAUGGAUAUGAGCAUGCAGCAGAGGCUGGCAAAGAGGUGGGCACACCGCGGAUGGUCCGGAGUUUUUCUGACCUGGAGACAAGUAUCAACAAUCUCUACAAUGUCAUCAAAGUUUUUGAGCAAAAGCAGGACACCAUGCAGAAAAUGCUCGAAGAAGACAGAGACAGAUGGAGGAAAGCUGCAGAGGUCAAACAGCCCCCCGUCAAAGAGCAACCUGAAGCAAAGAUCGAGGACCAGAAGGAGGCCCUUGUAGAGAAAAAGUCAAAGAAACUGUUCCCUGACUCUGCCCUGUUCAAGGAGUGGGGGGAAAACCUGUCAGAGGAUGACCAAAGAGAGGCACAGGGUUUGUUUGAGAAGUACGGAUACAACGUGUUUCUCAGCGAUCGCCUUCCUCUAGACCGAGCUCUCCCAGAUACGAGGGAUCCAAGGUGUUUGAAAAAGACGUACCCAAAGGACCUGCCAACUGUCGGAGUGGUCCUGAUCUACCUGAAUGAGGCCCUGUCUAUCCUCAAAAGAGCUCUGCGCAGCAUCAUCGACCGCACCCCUAAAGACCUGCUGAAGGAGAUAAUAUUGGUGGAUGACAAUAGCUCUAACGAGGACCUGAAGGGGGACCUUGACGCGUACGUGAAGUCGCUUGAGCAGCAGAACCCAAGUGUCCGUAUUAUAAGAGUGAGGCACAGUGAGCAGCAAGGCCUUGCAUACGCCAGGGCCUCUGGGUGGAGGGCAGCUUCUGCUGACGUGGUGGCCAUCCUGGACGCGCACAUCGAAGUCCAUGAGCAGUGGGCUGAACCCCUGCUGACACAGAUCAAAGCUGACCGAACUGUGGUAACGUCCCCUGUGUUUGACAGAGUCAACUUUGACGACCUCAAGGUCAUUCGCUAUGGUCCAGCAGCACACGCCUUCGACUGGGCUUUGUGGUGCAUGUAUGAGGGUUUUUUGGAUGACUAUUACAAACUCAAAGACGACUCGUUGCCUGGAAAGAGUCCAUCUGUCAUGGGGAUUCUAGUUGCUGAUAGGAAGUUUUUAGGAGAAAUUGGAGUCCUUGAUGAAGGAAUGAAAGUGUACGGCGGAGAAAACGUUGAGCUGGGAAUUCGUGUGUGGACAUGUGGAGGCAGUAUUGAAGUAGUUCCAUGCUCUAAGAUCGCCCACAUUGAAAGAGCCCACAAGCCCUACAUGCCUGACCUGGCCCCAGCCAUGAAGAGAAACGCCCUGAGGGUAGCAGAAAUCUGGAUGGAUGAAUACAAACAUAACAUCAACUUGGCUUGGAACUUGCCAUUUGAGAAUCACGGAAUUGACAUUGGGGAUGUUUCCGAGAGGAAGAAACUCAGGGAGAGGUUAAAGUGUAAACCUUUCAAAUGGUACCUGGAAAAUGUGUAUCCCAAGUUGGAUCCCUGGGACGACCUACUUGGCUAUGGUGGUAUGAAGAAUCUUGAUGCUGACAUGUGCAUAGACCAAGGCCCAGUGCCAGGUCACACACCCAUUGCCUAUCACUGCUAUUACUACGGACCUCAAUACACUUACUAUCGCUCAGCCGGUGAGCUGUAUAUCGGCGGCUUGAAGUCCCACAAAUACAAUGACAACCGGUGUUUAACGGACAUUGGGCAAAAAGAAACGGAGCCUGGCCUUUACAACUGCAGAGAGGCUAUGCAGAAAGGAAUGGGGAUUUACUGGGACUUCACACAGGGCAAAGAACUGAAGAACAGACAGACAAAAAGAUGUCUGGAGAUUAUAAACGGCAAGCUUCUAAUACAGGAAUGCUCUGGCCAAAGAUGGGAGAUCCAAAACAUAAUCAAAGCCUUUUAGUGUGUGUGUGUGUGUGUGUGUGUGUGUGUGUGUGUGUGUGUGUGUGUGUGUGUGUGUGUGUGUGUGUGUGUGUGUGUGGCGGGGGGCAGGCAACAGGAAAUGCACGUCUGUGCUUAUAGGUCAGUGGAUGAUAUCACCUGAAUGAAGUCAAUGAAAUGUGACGAUGACUCUUGUAAUUAUUAUUUAUUUGUAGGCUCUCGUUUUGGCUUGAAAAAGGUGCAUAAUUCGUAAAUUUGCUCAUCUUAUGAAUCGACCUGAAGGCUGCAUGUGAUAAUUAUUUGAACUAUGUAUUAAAUUGUAAUUUUAUCAUUUUUCGAAUUGGCCAUACAUACACAUAAAUUGAAGCAUUAAAAUUGUCAAAAAAUACCAUGGUUUUCGAUGUACAUGAGCAAAACAGAAAGUUGAGCAAAUCCCAUAUUAUUGUGGUUCUAUUCCUUUCAUGCUUCAUGAUCCAAAUGUAUGAUUAUGAUCAUUAGUCUGUCUGUUUCUACUGUGGUGAUCAGAUAAAAUGUGUGACUUGUCAGGUUUUGUUACCAUGGAUACAAAGUCACUCUUGUUCUCAGAUACAAAGAAGUUUCAUGGAGUUAAUGCUGUGAUGAGCAUGACUCUGGCUGGUGAUGCACCAGCAGUUCACCAGUGUGUCUUUAGUACAGGUUUUCUGUGGAAAAGAUCAUUCCUGGGAGCACAUUAAUGCACCACAUCUUACCUCAGGCUGCUUAUAAAGAAAACGCCACCAUUUCACACCUUAGAGAUGCAAGUUAAUCCUUUUCCCGCCCUCAAUUAUUCCACUCAAGGACAUCAAAUAUAUUCUGUCCAAGCACUAAAGCUAAGCAAAUCUUUGGAUUUUCUUGGGAUUAAAUUUGGAGUGUAGCAACAAAUAUUUCCUUAAUCAUAAAACAGACACUUUUAGUCAGAUGCAAUUGUUUUCGUUGUAUUCUGAUGAAAUGUAAUUUUCAGAUUUUAGCGCUAUAACAAUUUGCCAACUCUUACAAAUGCUACAGCUGGAAGCAUUUUUAUGCAGUUGGGUGAAUAUGAGGUUUGAAGCAAGUUUUUCAUGUGUUACAGACACAAACCACAAGGCGAGGGAAAAGUAAAUGAAGUAAAGGGCAACGAAGGUGUAAACAUAGUGGAAUAAGAAAAUAAUGAACAGGUUCAUCAAUGAGUAAACAUCAGUGUGCAUGCAUAGAGUCGGGUUCAACAGUAAAGAGGUAGUGCAGUUCAUGGGGCUGUGGGUUGUGCUGAACUGGAUAACCAACUCUCCCUUUACAAAGACUCCUUUGUGGAUGUACAGUGUUGUCUGUUUGUCUUUUUGUCUUAACCUUUGUAAUUCUAAGAACUUCUGUAAGAGUCAACAGUUAAAGUAACUGACUGUUGAUUAGCACUGGCCAUUCACUUUUAAAUAUAUCCUUUGUCCUGUUUUGUUAUGUAAAUUACAGCAGACAUCUGACUGAAUGGUUGUUGUUGGGCAACUGACAGACAUAUUGUAAAAAAAAAAAAAACAGCUGUCUUGAGGUAUGCAGUUAAAAAAUAACAUGCAAUUGUUACUCUAAUUAUGUUAGUUGUGGUUGGGUGUGUUAAUAAUGUCCUGGUGUCAGUGGAAAACUAAGGUCCCACUUGUGUAAAACUGAUGGCACCUUUGAAUGUAACUGUAUUAAUUAUUUUGAGUGUAUAAGUGAUCUUGGUGUUUUGUUAAGACUGCAACGUGUUGUAAUUUCAUUUCAUUUAUUUCCUUUUGACCCCUCCCCGGGGUAUAAGUGACAGACAAAAAUAACAUUUACAAAUCAGAGCAGGUGGCAACCAAUGCACAACAAAAUAAGUAGAAUUUGUGUACAUACGUACAAGUCAAAGCAAAUCAUGAGAAACUAUUCAGGAUUUUCUUUAAAAGUUUCAUCAAAUUUGACAAGACUUUUACUUUUUGAGAUGACAUUAACUUUUGAAACUUAUAAAUAUUUGGAUUUGCUCUAUAGAACUGUCUGACCAACUCUCUUCUCUCUUUGUCAAAAAAGGAACACACAAGUACAUAAUGAUAUUCAUCUCCUCGAUUGCCAGUCAAACAAAGAGUACAUUGCCAAGGGACAUUUUCACAGUCAUACCUGCACUCAGAGAUCGGUAACUUAUGAUUUCCACACCUAAACUUAGACAAACAAAUCCUUUCUGCAGGUCUUAACAUAAUCAAAUAAGGUUCAAUGAUGAUAAUCUACAGCCUUAAUCUCUCCUGGAGAACUUUACCUCUAGUGUCAAAGAAAGCGGCCGGUCACUAUAUUUGGGAGUUGGGUUAUGGAUUUGCAGAUGGGGGAGGCCAACAAAGUUUUGUGUGGUUGUGCUGAGACAAAGGCUUAUGCUUACAAUUUUUUAUCAUAAUUUGGAAAUAAAAUGUUUAUAAAACUGGUUGAUGUUUAAAUUUAUAGUUCUAGCCUAUCAGCUCUAAAAGCUGCAGCUCAACAUACCUGCUUAACUCAAUUGUAUGUUUG